AUGGCAUCAAGCGCACCGAGUUGGCCCGGCGUACGUCCCGUCAAGACGUGCACGGAAUGCAAACAGUCGAAGCUUCGAUGCGAUUCCAAGGACAUGUUCCCAAAUCCCUGUUCCAGGUGUCAGGCAAGAAAGUUAACUUGCACGGUUGACCCGUCCUUUCGAAGAACACCAGCUCGAAAACGUCUUGAAGCUAUGUCAAGGGAAUUACGAGAACUUCGUGAUCAGAAGAUGUCAACUUCUCGUGCGGGCUCCACUACGAGUCCGGACCCGGACUCUACUCGUUCGCAGGACUCAUCCUGCAACACAUCGCACCCAUCUGCUGCUAUUCUACUAGAAGAUUUCGAGCUACUAGGCCUGGAAACUUUCGAGCUUGGCGGUGUCGCAAUAGACAAGCAAUCGGUAAUCGAGAUAUUCAAGCUAUUCACCGAACUCUUUCACCCACAUAUUCCUAUAAUAGGACCCAUAUCACUCAAAAAUAUUUACCAUUCUCAUCGUUUUCUAUUCUGGACAAUUAUCAUCAUCGUUGCUUUCCGUGCGCCUUUACCAUCAGAUGAAAAUCUGUUCAACCGACUCCAUGAACCGUAUAUGGCAUUGUUAAGGGCUGAGGCUCUGAUCGCACCGAUGCCACUGAGCAAGAUUCAGGCGUUUUUGUUCCUCUGCGUAUGGCCAAUGCCCGUGUCGCACCAACAAGAUGAUCCAAGUUGGCUAUAUUGUGGGGUCGCUGUAAAUGCUGCUCUGUAUAUGAGUCUUCAUCGAUCAAAUCCAAAGUCCGGGAUUACUCCUUCACUAUAUAGUGUCGGCAAUAUAUCCGGUAGCUCUCGUGAGAGGUCGAAUACAUGGCUCGGCUGCUUCUACGUCAGUACAUCUCUCAGUAUGCACCUCGGUCUUCCGCCGUUGAUCAACUCCCCUUCCGAUCUCGCGUCCGUUCGCGCAAUUCUCAGCGAACACAGCAUCCCAAGGGAAUUCGCUCUUCAGAUCAGGGUGCUUCUUAUCAUGGCAGGGUUUAGCAAUGUUCUUGCGCAUAACUCAAACGAUGGGGUGGUCGACUCUUCUGUCACCCAGCUCCUUGAUGGCGAGCUCGACACGCUUAAACUUACAUAUCCUGACGGGUGGACAAGCAUGACUGAUUACACGGUUAUGGUCGUCAAAAUGCACGUUUACACCAUGGUUAUAACAAGGUCCCGACCCGGUGCUAGUUCUAGGGACAUACUCCUGAAAUUAGGCCUAGCGACUUCUCUUCGCAUUAUUCACUUGGCCAAUUUGCGGUUUCAGGAGACGCCGGAUAAGUCCCAAACUAUGACUACGAUAGAACGCGAAAGGACUUUACCCAAGAACUACUUUAGGGCCCUUGCUUUCGCGACGAUAUUCCUUCUCAGAUACUUCGGUCUGAACAAUGGAAAUAGUAGCGCCGAGGAACAACAACUGGCUGCGAACCAUGUGAUCAUGUCACAUACGAUUUUUAAAUCCGCAACGACUAAGCACCGAGAUGAAUAUGACAGAGUUGCAAGUCUCUUCGAAACGCUUUGCAAGCAAGCACCUGCUCCUCCGGAUACGAGCAAAACAAAUGUUACCGGCAGAAUGGGGAUAUCUAUCUUACUGGAUGGAAUCGGUGCCGCUCGUGAAAUGCGAGGCUUUCCUAUUGAAAUUCCGGAACCUGAGGCCUCAAGUACAACCGACAGCUUACCGGGACCUAGUAGUAUCCCGCAAGCGGACAUCUUUGACGCAAGUUCUCAGUUAGUGGAGCCAUGGCAGUCAGAUCUUGCCUUUGCGAACAUGUUUUGGGGCGAUCCUACGUGGGAUGUUUAUAACAUGUCUGCGGAUACUCCACAAUAUCAUCCAAGUCAAGGGUUAUAA